AUGGGACGAACUCUGGCCUACCCCAAGCGGGUUUCCAACACCGCCAACCGGUACAAGCACCGAGCCACAUAUGAUCUGGGUCCGAUCCAUUCAAUCAUCAAUGACUCCCAGGUCCUCCAUGUCUCAUUCAACCCGGGACCAGAAGACCCAUUUCCUGCCAUUCUACCAAUGAUUGGGCAAAUGGGCUCAUUCGAGUUUCCCUCUGCGGGCAUCGAUGAGCCUCUAGAGUGUUAUCUCCACGGCUACGUCAGCUCACGAAUUAUGAACCUAGCUCGCAACUGCGGCGAAGGCGAGGGACUUCCCAUCUGCAUCGCAACGAGCAAAGUAGACGGUUUGAUCCUGUCACUCACACCCAACUCGCACAGUUAUAACUAUCGCUCUGCCAUCCUGCAUGGCUAUGCAAAUCUCGUCACAGACGAAGCAGAAAAGCUGUGGGCCAUGAAAAUGAUCACAGAUUCAGUUCUCGCGGACCGCUGGGAUCAUUCACGUGUUCCACCGGACCGUGCGGAGAUGCAGUCGACUGUCAUUCUUAAGGUCAAGAUUGUGGAUGGCAGCGGCAAGAUUCGUGAUGGUGGUGUUUCGGAUGAGCGUAAGGACUCGGGCAACGAGCAAGUUACUGGUAGUGUCUGGACUGGCGUUGUUCCGGUCUGGGAAACCUUUGGAACGCCUGUUCCAAGUGGUGAUAGUAAGGUUGCUGAUGUACCCGAUUAUAUCAAUUCUUACAUUGCUCGUAAGAACAUCCAGAACAAAGCUUUGGCGGAGAAUGCAGUGAACAUCAAACUACCACCCGAGGAGCAGCACUGA